GUGACAAUCUAUCAGAAACAAUAGAAGUUUCCGUGAGGAAAUACUGCGAAGACAAGUCCUAUGACAUGUUCAAACCAGAAGUCGGGAUGAGAUUUGAUACUUGCGAGGAUGCUUAUAAGUUUUACAAUAUGUACUCCUGGGUUCUUGGAUUCAGUAUCCGCUGCGGUGAUAACUACACAAACACAAAAAAAGUUCGUACCAAUCAGGAAUAUAAAUGCCAACGAGAGGGUAAAGAGAAAGCUGCUAAAUUGUCCACAACUAGAUGCGGCUGCAAAGCGAUGAUACGACUUGCAAUCUGCGAUGACUCCACUUGGUAUGUAAAAGCAUUCGUUGGUGAACACAAUCACCAGUUGGUAGAAAGCUGUGGAGAAAAGAAACACCUAUCAUCUCACCGUCACAUUGACAAGCAUACAAAGGAAUGGAUACGUCACCUAAGGGAGAACAAUGUCAGUCUAAGUAGGGUGAAUUUGGUUUUGGGCAGUGUAUUUGGGUCAAUGGGAAAUGUACCCUUCAGCAAGAAGACACUCAGGACUUUUUGCUCUUCUAUUGCAUCUGAUGCCUUAAAGGACGAUGUCAAGAAAACAAUGGAGAGUUUCACAGAAAUGAUAUCAAGUGAUCCGAGAUUUGUCUUCUCUGUCCAGCUAGAUGACAACGAAAAUUUGAAAUCUCUUAUGUGGACAACCACUGUUCAUACAGCGACAAUCCUUGCAGUUCAAAACCAAGGACUACCUAUGCAAAAGAAUGCAGUUUUAAAUUAAGAAAUCAAGAAUAAUUUCUUAAGGUUAUACUAAGUUCCUAAACAAAUAUAAGUGAACUACAGUAUCAAGGGAAUUUUCUGUACACCUCAGUAUGAACAUUAGAGUUCAAGGCAGUCAGACAGGAAACAGACAAUAUACAUAAAUCGAAAUCAAAAUCACUAAAUAUAACAAACAGGAACAUUAACUUUACCAUUUGGUAGCGAUGAUUUAAAUGCAAGCAACCUGUGGUGCAUGACAGAUUAACACAGCACACGUUGGCAAUCUUCAAAGAAGUAAUAAAUCCAUCCUUAGUAGAGCAAAAAAUGACCCACCUAAGAAAUGGCCUAUAGUAACGCCAACGAUGAACGCUGACAUUGGCUAUCUGCAGAGGCAUCCCAUAAUCUUGUAGCUUGGACAGCAAAGGAAAAGAAUAGUGUUCUGAACA